CUGCCCAUCACGUAUCAAGACCUCUUCAUCGCGAAUUAUUUUAACCUCAAGCCAGCGAGCAGCAUUCAAGAUGGGUUUUUCUGACGGAGACGUAAAAAAGGGUGCCGGUCUCUUCAAGACCCGCUGUGCCCAGUGCCACACUGUCGAGGCUGGCGGCCCGCACAAGGUCGGCCCCAACCUCCACGGCAUCUUCGGCCGCAAAACUGGGCAGGGAGAGGGCUUCUCGUACACUGACGCUAACGUCAAGAAGGGCAUCACCUGGAACGAGGACACCCUUUUCGAGUACCUCGAGAACCCAAAGAAGUACAUUCCAGGUACCAAGAUGGCAUUUGCUGGUCUGAAGAAGGACAAGGACCGCAACGACCUUAUCACCUGGAUGCGGGAGAACACCAAGUAAAGAAGAUACUUGACACUUGCUCUGUCUCGUCCCUGCUUUCAACGCUUGCACCCCCAGUGCCAUACAAUUUUCCAACUCGAAAUCCCAGCAUCACAGCAUAGACGCGUUGGACAUCUCGUUCGCUCCUUGUCGCAUUAACGAGCGAGCGCAUGGUCUGAGGAGGAGUCUUUUCGCAAACAAGGAGAGGGAUGUGAUACACCCUCACUGCAGUCAACGAAAUCAAAAAGCGUAAAGCACGCUGGUGUCCACUCCUGGCUCGUCUUGUCUAAUGAAUAGAAUUCAUCUGUAACGCCAAUUUUUAUCUAUAGACUUCUGGAGCCCGACAACACUUGAGCGAGCGUCUUGUACCUUGGAUGCACCUCAUCCAGAAGAG